AUUGAGUACGCCUUACACGCGACGUAAGCACUCCCGGUUUCUCUCUCUCUCUCUUUUACCACCGCUGUCCUACUCCACGGAAUCGCCAGCCACAAUUCGAAGCGCUGUCUUCACGGAUUUAUUUCUUUAGAACAGUUAGUAGAUAAAUUUAAAACAGACUGUACAAGAAUGAAGUCUACGAGCUUGCUAGCCGUGGCGUUCUCGGUCUUUCUGUGCCUGGCCGGUUGCGUGCAGGGCCAGGACUGGUCACUGGACAAGUACCCGCUGCAGUGUCCGCCCUGCGAGCGGAUACACUGUAGUCCACGGAAGGCCAGCAAGCUGAAGUGUAAAGGAGGCACGACGCUAGGGAUCUGUAACUGCUGCUCGGUGUGCGCUAAGGUGGAAGGAGAGAAGUGCGGCGGGAAGUGGGAUUACCUGGGGAAGUGUGAUGCCGGGUUGACCUGCGAGAGGGAGCCCGAUAGCAGGGGGGUGCUGAGCCGCCCGGACAGCAAGGGCAUCUGCAGGAGAAGUAAUGAACAACAGGAGGAGGGUCUGCCCAAAUACUGCCGACCAAAGUGCACACCGGAGUUUUGUAAAUCCAACCCCAAGUCCAUCUGCUCAGCAUAUGACAUGGCCCACACCAAGCAGGCCUGCCAGGGAGAGUGCCAGCACACGUCGUGUUCCGCCUGCAGAUAUAUCGACCCCGAGCCCGAGUGCCAGAAGUGCGACACCAACGACUUCAGGUGUAUCCGGCGGUUCGGCAAGUGUGUCCGGAGAAUGGAGUGUAGCAGAAACAAACAUCCCUGUAAAAUGGACCCCAAGCACGAGGUCUCAGGAGGAAAGUGGAUGUGUAUGGUGCCUGGGUGCCCCUGAUCCCAUCAUGCCUUGCAGAACAGUGCAAUCUCCUCUCUUCACUGUUACAUCACAGGGAUUGUCAUCAUGUGACCACCGUCAGCCAACCAGAUUCUCUCCUGCAAUAACUUUAAGGGUAACAAGACUUUUCAGAAGCAUUGAAGUACGAUGUCCAUUGCGUGUACAGUAAGAAUGUUUAAUGUGUCUAUCAUUGGCAAGGUUUUAUGAUUAUGUUUUGGAAAAUUGAUUGAAAAAAGAUUCAUAAUGUCAAACUUGAUUACUAGAGGUAUUUGUGAAAAUGCAGAAUGGGAUUUUUAGUCUGUCAUAAAAAUAUUGAUCUAUAUAAUCUAGCAAUUUAUCCAGCCCACAAGCCUUAAGAUUUGAAUGGAACAGCCAUUUCUCUGAAAUGGUACAUGUACACUACACUACUACAUAGUACUACAUACUACAUAAUAUAUAACUGAUAUUCAGGUUUCUACAACAUUGUGUCUACUACAAUGUUAUGCACAUGUAUCAGUGUUUAGCACAAUUUUUUUUCUCAAAAAGGCAUCACACAAAUGGAACUGACUUAAACUUUAAGCUCUGAAGUUUUCAACUUCAAGGGAAAGUUUUUGGGUGCAUUGUUGUCCGUAUCAUCGGUAAUGGUGCAAGAUUCCUUGUAAAUGUGUUCUCAAUUCACCUGGUGCCUUGACUAAAUGUGCCUCAUACACUAUUGCAAUGUCUUCAGACAAGGAAGAGAUAUAUACAUGUAGUAGACAAUAUAUCCACUUCUACAAAUGCCUUCAUAUUUUUCUAGUUAGGCCAUGUUGACUCAAUUGUAUGGAUGAUGUGCUUUGGGUACCCUAAAAUUGAUACAAACCAAGAAAAAAAA